AUGCACAAACGAAAGGCGCCCAGCGCUCCGCCUCGCACCAAGAAGUCCCGUACGCGAUCGGGCUGCUUCACCUGCCGCGACCGCCACAUGAAAUGCGACGAGCAAAUGCCCGUGUGCCAAAACUGCAUCAAUGGGAAAAGAAAAUGCUACCGGGGCGUUCGUCUCAACUUCACUUCUUACACACUUUACGACCCGCAAGAGGAUUCAGGAGCGCCGCCGUUCCCGCUCACGCCGCCGUUCCGCAUCUUGGACCAGUCCAUUGCGGUGCUGGCGCUCUAUGAAAACGGCGACUCGCGCUACCGCCCGUACUUGGGCCUCCACGAGCCGCGCGACUUGGCCGACGCCGAGCAGUACUUGCGCCAGGAAUUGGGCGCCCCGCGCCCUCCCGCCCCGUCGGUCGCGCGCACGCCCAGCUUCUCGCCCGCCAACGUGGGCGCGCUGCUCACCCACGAUUGGGGCGCACAAAGCAUGUUUCUCAGCUUGAGCGACAAUGUGAUUUUGGAAAACUACGACAUCAAAAACUUCUUGAUGAACCCGCCGCUGGUGCUCCCGCUGUCGCUCCCGCACGAUCUGCAGGCCGACCAGAACCCGCUCCCGCCCACGUUUUUCUCCGACUCGGCGUUGGCCUCAGACACCAUCGACGCUGACGCGGUGGUUUCCGUGCUACAGACGCAGAACUACUGCUGGCUCCUCGACCUCUUCAACGACUUGUCCCUCUGGAAAAGCGUCGUGCCCCACUACUGCAUCCGCGCCGUCCAGAGGGCCACCGACCAGAACCCUGGUUUUCUUCUCGACUGCUUGCUUGGGUGCAAAGAACACACCUCCGACCGCCGCAUCUUGCACAAUGCCCGCCAGCAGCUUGAGCACUGGUAUCCGUUCGAGGUGACCGAGGUCUCGCCGGCGUCGUUCGCCGCGUUCGAGCGUCUUUUGCUCAGCAUAGUGCUUGUCACGCUCAGCGUGCUUCUUCGAGCUACAAAGCCCUCCUUCAAGUUCACCACUCAGUUCCAGAUGGUGCUCGCCAACCAGGGCCUCCUAUUGCAUAAAGUGGCGGCGCUAUAUUGCCGCAUUCCGCCAUCCACCAUGAAAAGACUUCCUAGCAUGUUGCUCACGAUUGCGUCGUUCCAGGCGAUGGUGGUGCUCCGGCUCUUCAUGAAAAAGCACAUCCGUGCCAGCGCCCCCGAUUACAGUUUCCCGGCUUUCGACUCGUCACUCGACCCGCUCAAAAUGCGAAUAUCGCUUGAGCCGCAGCAUUUCCCUAGCCUCGGGUAUUUUUUCACCCCGACCCCGUUCGAGAUUGCACACUUGAACGACGACUUUCGGGACUUCGACUUGCCGUGCGAAAGCCCGGAUCAUGUUUCCGACUCCAGUAAGCUCCGACGUGUGGUGUGGAGCUUGGCACGGCUCGAGCUAAGUCUUGAGGGCUACAUCAUGAACGUGAACGAGCACUUCUCGCCACUGCAUCGCGAGGAAGAACAUUUCGCCGGCUCGACGCUCAUUCCGAGCGAACAAUGCAUUGCUAUCCAUAUCCUCAGCAAACAAGUGGAAAAGUUGUCGCCAGGCUCUGAUCUCAGCAGGCACAGCUCCAACAUAAUAUUGCAUGAGAUCUUUGACAAAAUCAAUUCAUCAGCCAUGUCGCCCGACGCCAAGGCCAAAUGGCAGGCCCAUUUCGGAUGGAAUCUCGACUACGAUCUUUGA